AUGCCUUUGAAUCCACCCCCGUCAGCAGAGACUUGGUCAGAAACUGUCGUGUACAUGGACAAGGAAUCUCAACUAAAUACCAGAUAUUCACUGGAAUUCGUCAUUGUCGUCGAUGGUGUUAUUUUAUGGAAUUCAACGUUUAAUUUUAUUUCUUCGAAUUUUGUCUUAAUUCCGGUCAUACAGAGAAUGAAGACCCUUCCCUAUAAUGAUUUGCUUUCAACUGGGAGAGAGUUUACCUCAGAUGUUAAUUUGACAUCAUCACAAUUUGGUGUGUAUCAGUUUAAUGUGACUCUGACGUCACUGAAAUCAGGAGGACAGGGAGCGGCGGGCCUUCUUAUCACUUCUGUAACCAUUGGUAACACCGGAAGUAACGUCCUUUGUUCUGCUGUGAGUGUCUACUUCAAAAGAUCAAACAAUUCCAGGAUUCAGAAUGUGGCGGAGGUGACCCUGAAUAUUACAAACUUUGGAUCCCCUGUCCCCUCAGCCACGGAGGAUAAAGAUUGGCUGAUACUGAAACUCACCGCAAUCCCCGUCCCUGUGUACACAAAAUUAACUGAGGUUCAUACCAUUAAAAUCAACACCAGUUCUGUCAGCUCCCAGUUCAACUACACUAUUUACGGAGAAGUUCCAUAUGAU